AUGAAGUCAGUGGUUGUUGGACUAUUACUGGUCGGUCUGGCCCUAGCCCAGACCAACGAGGAAUCGACUGUUCAUUGGCGUAGGUUUUGGAAAGAAAGUUCUUGCUAUUAUCUGUUUUGCAAAGAAAGUUCUUGCCAUUUUUGUUCUGUAAAGAAAGUUUUUGUGAUUUUUUGUUUUGUAAAGAAAGUUCUUGCUCUUUCUUAUUCUGUAAACAAAGUUCUUGCCAUUUUUGUUCUGUAAAGAAAGUUUUUGUGAUUUUUUGUUUUGUAAAGAAAGUUCUUGCUCUUUCUUAUUCUGUAAACAAAGUUCUUGCCAUUUUAUAGCCUAUAAACCACGUUUUCCAUUUUAGAAUGGAGAGACCUGAUCUGUGAGACUAAAAAUGGCACUGGACCAGACAAGAUCAGUACAGAAAAGGCUCAAUGCACUAUUGCAUUGAGAGAAACCGAAACUGAUCACAACAGAAGAUUGGCCGAGAAAGAGGCCGGAUGCUUUGAUGUAAGUUUAAAAUUGUAAACUUUAUGUGGAAGACUAUUAAUAAAGGCGUAUUUUACAAAAAAAACUCUUUUAACCCUAUUUUUUAAGCCUUAAAACUUUUUUUUAAAGUGUAAAGAAAGUUUUUGCAAUUUUUUUUCUUGAAAACUUUAGAUAAUGCCAUUUUAAAAAGACGUGUAUGGAUUUGAAAGAAAUUUGUAGUUUUUAAGCCUAGCUGUGACAUUUUUAAUAAAGUAGGAGUUGAGUGAAACAUUUGUAAUGUAUUUUGCACUAAAAAUCUUCCACCAUACUUCCACUUCUAAAAAGUGUCAAAAAUGCAUUUUUAGGCCAUUUUAAGACGUUUUAAAAAUGGAAGUUAAGUGGAAGAUUUUUAUUGCAAAAUGCAUUACAAAUCUUCCACAACACUACCACUUUCUAAAUUUUAUUUAAAAAAAAGGCCAGGUUUUUGAGUACAAAACCAUUCCACGACGUAAUUUACUUCACUUUUAAGCCUUCCAGCCAUAAAAUCUCAACAAAACCUAUUCCAGGAAGUAGUCAACGGUACCACUCGUACCUACUGCGACCUACUUUGCCCCAAAGCCGAUACCGUCUACCUGAUCAAACGUGAUCCUCAGGUUCACCGUUCCUGUUUCGUAUUUUAUACGCACAGGCUGGAACGCCGUGGUGAGGAUUGGUUCUUGUGGCGUGACAAAAAGUGCCGUCAGAGCCAGAUCACGUUCACAAUCCGAUGUGAAUUCAACUUUAACCGCCGUGAAUUUCCCAGUGAUAAGGAGGUGUUCUUGAGGGCGGUCAAGAGAAUCGCUUAA